AAGGGGAAAAUUUUCAAAGAUUUCGCGGCAAUAUGAGUUCAAGAGUUAUGUCCAGCUUAUUAUAGACAUGUCUUCUGAAUAAUGUAUUUGUCGGUUGACAGGCAUUAUAUGUAAUCGGGGCAAUGCACUGAAGAGAGUGUGUUUAUAAGGUAUUGCUAUGGAUGUGUUGAAUCCUUUAGUCCUGUGGUCGCAAACAAUUUCUCGUGUUAUACUCCGUGUGGAACUGGAAGCAUGCCAAGUGGAUGAGUGUACUUUGACCGGACGCAGAUUGAUGUUCCGCGGCACCGGUCAGGGUGCUUCGGGUAGACGGACUUACACAUUUUCGCUUGAGUUGAUAGCUGAUGUUGGCCCACCCUCGGUUGCAGUGUCAGAAACCAACGUGUAUGUGACACUGCCAAAAGUUGUUCUGUCUCGGUGGUCUCACCUUGUAGCAGAACGCCUUCACUUUGUUCGCUUCGAUUUCGAUAGGUGGAGCGAUAACGAGGAAGAGGGACAACGUAAUGUAGUCAAUGAUUAUCCUGACGUAUUGCAAAGCCUGCAGCGGCAAGAAUUGGGCUACAGUAGGGAACAGAGCAAAAAGGUUUAUCUAGCGCUGUAUAAUUUGCUGCAGUUUUGCGGCUUUCUUUACAUUGUUAUCGUGCUUAGUAUCCGAAUCAUACGUCAUGGCUAUAUUGCAACUCACGAUUCAUUUCUUGCCGUGGGCAGCGUUUUCAAAUUCUGUCAACUUAUGCAGUUUCUCGAGGUUCUGCACCCUCUCUUUGGAUACACAAAUGGUAGUGUAAUAGCACCACUGAUGCAAACUGUAGGACGGGCCAUAGUUCUUUUUUUCGCCAUUGAUACAGACGAGCGAAUCCAACGCCUUACCAUUGUGACCUACCUGUUUUUCGUUUGGGCAUCCAUUGAGUUGGUGCGAUACCCAAACUACCUGUUAAACCUCUUACAGGUGAAAGUGGCUUUAUUAGAGUGGCUUCGGUACACACUCUGGAUACCACUUUAUCCGCUCGGCACCCUCUAUGAAGCCCUUAUUUUACUGCGGGCCGCUGAAUUUAUGGAGGACUCUCAGCACUUUGCCAUCCGUUUACCCAAUGCUGCCAACGUUACUUUCGAUCCGCCAUUAGCAAUUCGGGUAUACGUGCUUGUAGCCAUCUUACCUGGAGUGUCCUACCUCAUGACCAAUAUGCUACGAGCGCGAAGAAGACGCCUGAAGGGGCGUGAUUGAAAGAAGUUGUCAGUUUCACUAGGUUUACUUUUAAAAUGUUGUUUACUUUCAUUUUUGUCACCUAACUCAUAUUAAAUUAAAUUUCCUUUUAUAAUAAUUUUUCCUUCACAUUCAUCUACAAUUUGGCACAGAAACAAAGAGUUUUUAUUCUAAAUCCGUCGCUCAGAAGACUAUAUUUCAGUCUAUGGUUUUAAUCUAGCCGCCACCUCGUGGCUCUCACGUUAUUUGUAAUGAAAAAUAGAGACAUGACAUGAAUUUCAUUUUAAUUGCUCCUCAACGUUUUACGCGCAAAUCUAGGAUUUUUUAUAAAUUUGAAUUUUGCUAGCUUUGCCAAAAAAAAAAAUUAAAAAAGCCUCUGAUGGAAGCUGAGUGAAAAAAAAAUGUUUAAUAACGUAUUAUAUGUUGUAUAUAAAAAAUAUAAUGUAUAUUUUUUCUAUGCAGUUUUCUUACCAAAACAAAAUGAAAUAAUAAAAUAAACAAACAAAAAUUUUAUAA